AUGCGAAUAUGGCUUGCUAUCGCAAAAUCGAUAAUCAAGUUUUUACUACCGCUACCUUACAAGGCGAAACGUGUACAAGGAGAGAUAGUGCUCAUCACGGGUGCUGGGAGCGGUCUCGGACGUUUGCUGGCUACCAAAUUUGCAAAACUAGGCAAUACGAUCAUUCUCUGGGACGUCAACACUAGUGGCAACGAGGAAACUGCUGCUCUUGUGAGAAAGGAAGGUGUGAAGGCGCAUGCAUACACGGUGGAUCUGGGCAGUCGCGAGGCGAUAUACGCAGCAGCAGCCGAGGUGAAGAGGGAUGUCGGUCAUGUCACCAUCCUUGUCAACAACGCCGGUAUUGUCACCGGGAAAAAGCUGCUAGAUGCAUCCGAUGAACUGGUGAAAAAGACGUUCGACGUAAACACCGUUGCUCAUUUCUGGACAGUAAAGACAUUUCUGCCGCACAUGCUGGAGCAAAACCACGGGCAUGUCGUUACUAUUGCUAGUUCAGCAGGCCUUGUUGGAGUAAACGGGUUGGUGGAUUACUGUGCCAGCAAGUUUGCCGCUGUUGGACUUGAUCAAUCACUUCGGUUUGAACUUCAUGCUUCGGGAAAGGAUGGUGUCCACACGACAUGUGUCUGUCCCUAUUUCAUAAACACUGGAAUGUUUGGUGGUGUGCAAGUCAAGUUCCCAAAUUUCUGCCCUGUCCUAGAACCAGACUAUGCAGCUGACAAAAUCAUGGAAGCUAUCCUUACAAACCAGCAAAUGCUUAUAAUGCCCAGGGUUAUGUACGGGCUUGUUGCUGCACUAGCACUUCUACCCACCGAAGGACACUUUCACGUAGCCGAUUUCCUUGGAACAAACCGCUGCAUGAACAGCUUUAAGGGUCAUCAGGAUACCAGGGCAAUGUAAUAAGGCAGUAUCGACGUAAGCAUGGCAUCAAAGAGAACGCGGCACUCCUUCUGUUAUAAAGAACAUACACUGCAGUGGCACAUAGACGGCAAUCAAAUAGCAGCACUGUUAGCAGAGGCUCAGAAGAUUACAGGACAACCGUUAUUCUCCCGUAAGAAAAGAAAGUUUUAGGAAAAUUAUAUCAUAAAUGUGUGUUAUAUCAUAGGUGUCACUAUGUAAGGUAGGGUGCAGAUUGAGACGAUGCAGAAUAUUUUCAAAUGUAAAAGUAGGUGGAGGGUAGAGCAAGUUGGAUGAAGACUCUCUUUAGCUCUUCGGCUGAACUACUCCCUGCCUUCUACCCUAACUACACUUCUCCCUCAUCUCACCACUUCAUUUCCCUUUUCCUCUUUCCACCUGUCCGCUCAUCUACUUCAUCAUUUACUAUUCAUCUCCACCGUUCAUUACCUUUUUCAUCUUACAUUGUAUAAACUUUUAUUCCUCUUAUCUUUACCUAAUAAUUAUACCUUCUUAUAACCACCUAUUCACCUUCCCCUCCUCCGCUCUCCUUCCC